AUGUUAAAUUGGAGUUCAGAUGAAGAAGUUGAUGAAAUGGUGGAGGAGGAAGUUGACAAUAUAGUGGAAGAAAUUCAAUACCAAUGCACUCACAUAGAAGAUCCACCAUUGCCAGUUUUCAGAAGAGUCCACAUUAAUAGAGACCGGGAGGGGGGCCAUUUACGGUUAUGGAAUGAUUAUUUUAGCGAGAACCCGACUUACAAUCAAAUAUUGAAUGGCGUUCCGUACUUCAAACAAAGACGAGAUGCAACUGGAAGGCUUGGUCUUUCAGCACUUCAAAAAUGUACGACAGCUAUCCGUAUGUUGGUAUACGGAUGUGCGGCAGAUCCAGUGGAUGAAUAUCUACGUCUGGCUGAAACAACCGCCCACAAAUGCCUUGAACAAUUUGUAGACGGGGUGAUAACUCUUUUUGGAGACGAGUAUCUCAGAAGACCUACAGCAGAAGACCUCCAACGAUUACUGAAUAUUGGAGAACAUCGCGGUUUCCCCGGAAUGGUAGGAUGCAUAGAUUGUAUGCCUUAG